AUGGACCUUAACUCUCCUCUCUCUGGUUCCAACCGUUCCAACGCCAUCGUCCUGAUGGGGUAUGGCCAACUAGGGUUGAACCGGAGAAUGAAUGAGCUAAGAAUAUCAAUGGAGAGAACAACAAAAGGCUCGUGGGCUCAUGUUUAUCCCAGGGAAAAAGUGAGUGUAGUUGAGUCACCCCUUGUUACCAACGUGAAAGCAAGUGACUGGCUGAAAGCUGAGCUUCUCCGUGUGCCAGGGUUAGCCCCUAAGAACAUGUUUUUCGGUAACAUGCAGAGUGCACAACCCGCACCACCACUUAGGCAUGAGUUAAUUCUUCUGGGCGAACCGAUUCGUUUUGUGAACCAUUUUGGCUUUGAAAGCCAAGAAUGGGCUCUGCAGAAGCCAAGAGAAGCAGUGAAUGAGGUGAAGAGUGGUUCUGGAAAUGAAGUGUUCGAGAAAUAUGAUGGUCGAAUCCAUAGCUAUAGGCACAAGAAGAAUGGGCCAUACACGUGCCCAAAGUGUAUGGGCGUAUAUGCUACGUCCCAACGGUUUGCAGCGCAUGUAAGUUCGCUCCACUACAAGUUUGAGUCGAGAAGUGAGAGAACGAAGAGGUUGAUGGCCAGAUUCCGAAAGCGAAACAAGCUUAUUGAAUGGGUUAAUGGUAAACCUGGUUUUGUUCCUGGGGUUCCUUUGGGAAACAUUGCUCCAAACGUUGCUUUCGGAAACAGUGCUCCUAAGGUUGGUUUGGGACAUAACAACAACAAUGUUGUUGCUCCUCUUCCUCCUCUUCCUCCUGCUCUGAAGGUUAACGUUGUUGUGAAAGCUGAGUGUGAUGAUGAACUGAGUCCACCACCAGGAUUUGAAAAAAUCAGUGCUGCUAAGCCAGGGUUUCCUCUUCCUUUUUGA